CCUUAAUAUUUUUAACAACGUGUGAGAUUGUCUCAUUCAAUUUCUCACCAAACCAGUUCAAGUCUUGGUCUGCGUUCCUGUUUCUCGAUAUCUUUCUCCUCCACUGUUAUCACGUUAUUAUAUACACUCCUCAUAUAUGUUCCUGAAUCCCUUCUCAAAAACUCUAAGGCAUCAAAUCAGAAAGAGUAACCAUGAGGGUGAGUUACCCUCGUUUCUUCUUAUUCCUUCUGCUACUUGCUGUGUUCUGCUUUGCCUCCUUAGCUUCUGGAGCCACUCUUCCCCAAGAUGAAGUGGAAGCUCUGAAAGAUAUAGGUAAGACACUUGGGAAGAAGAACUGGGAUUUCAACGUUGAUCCAUGCAGUGGAGAACGAAAUUGGACAUCUGCAGUACAAGUAAAAGGGAGUGAAAAUGAAUUAAGAUGCAAUUGCUCUUAUAACAAUGACACCGUUUGUCAUGUCACCAACAUAAUUUUGAAAGCACAAAAUCUCCCAGGAACUCUCCCCAAAGAUCUGUUCAGAUUGCCUUUCCUACUAGAAUUUGACAUUAGUCGCAAUUACGUGAACGGUACAAUUCCCAAAGAAUGGGGCACCACCAAACUUCUCAACAACAUUUCCCUCCUUGGAAAUCGAUUAACGGGUUCAAUACCAAAAGAGAUAGCAAACAUAUCCACUCUUCAAAGUUUGGUCUUGGAGGCCAAUCAACUAUCUGGAGAACUUCCUCCUGAGCUUGGAAAUCUACCCCAAAUUCAAAGACUGUUACUUUCCUCUAACAAUUUUACUGGAGAGUUACCUGAAACAUUGGCCAAGCUCACUACAUUGCAGGAUAUUCGAAUUGGGGACAAUCAGUUUUCUGGGAAGAUACCUGAUUUUAUUCAAAGUUGGACAAGUCUCCAAAAACUAGUGAUUCAAGGGAGUGGUUUCGAUGGGCCUAUUCCUUCUGCAAUCUCACUUCUGAAAAACUUAACUGACUUGAGAAUUAGUGAUCUGAAUGGAUCUGAACAAUCAUCUUUUCCACAACUUAAUAACAUGACGUUAAAAUAUUUGAUUUUGAGGAAUUGCAACAUCAAUGGAACACUACCAACAUAUCUCGCGACAAUGACAACCUUGAAAAACUUAGACCUCAGCUUUAACAAAUUGACUGGACCAAUUCCGAGCGACUAUGAAGCCCUGAGAAAAGUUGAUUACAUAUAUUUAACUGGAAAUCUUCUCAAUGGACAAGUACCUGCAUGGACAGAGAAAGCUGACAAUGUAGAUAUUUCAUACAACAACUUCACGACAAGCCAAGGGAAUCCUACAUGUCAAAAUGGAAAUGUGAACUUGUUUUCUAGCUCCAAAACGCACAAUGACUCAGGAACAGUUGCUUGCCUGGGAAACAAUGUCUGUCAAAAAAACUCAUACUCCCUUCAUAUAAACUGUGGUGGAAAGAUGAUAACAGAAGGCAAAAGCACAUAUGAUGAUGAUUUAGAUAAUGGAGGGCCAGCUAGAUUUCACCGAAGUGGAUCAAAAAGUUGGGCAUUUAUCACUACUGGUAACUUUAUGGAUAAUGAUGCUGGCGACUACUCUAUCUGGCAAAAUAAGUCAGCUAUUUCAGUGGACAACGCUGAUCUCUACAUGGAUGCACGAGUUUCUCCCACGUCUCUAACUUACUAUGGAUUUUGCUUGGGAAAUGGAAACUACACAGUCAAUCUACAUUUUGCAGAAAUCAUGUUUAUCAAUGAUUCAACAUUUAACAGUUUAGGAAGACGAGUAUUUGACAUCUAUAUUCAGGAAGAGCUGGUGCAGAAGGACUUCAAUAUUGUAGAAGAAGCAGGAGGGAUUGGCAAAGCAAUCAUAAAACACUUCACUGCAGUUGUGAGUGGUAAUACUUUGGAGAUACGUUUGUAUUGGGCUGGAAAAGGAACAACUAGUCUCCCAUUUAGAUCAGUAUAUGGUCCUCUUAUAUCAGCUAUAUCAGUUGAACCUAACUUUACACCACCCUCAGAAAAUGGAAGUAGCAUAUCUGCAGGAGCUGUGGCUGGAAUUGUGGUUGCAGUAGCAAUAGUUAUCAUUCUUGUACUUGGUAUUCUUUGGUGGAAAGGAUGUCUAGGAAAGAAAAGUUCUUUAGAAAAAGAGAUAAGGAGUUUAGACCUGCGAACUGGUUUGUUUAGUUUAAGAGAUAUCAAAGCAGCAACAAACAACUUUGAUGUUGCAAAUAAGAUUGGAGAAGGAGGAUUUGGUCCUGUGUACAAGGGAUGUCUAUCAGAUGGAACACUUGUAGCAGUGAAGCAACUUUCUUCUAAAUCAAAGCAAGGAAAUCGUGAGUUUAUAACAGAGAUAGGCAUGAUUUCUGCUUUGCAACAUCCUUGUCUUGUUAAACUUUAUGGAUGCUGUGUGGAGGGUGAUCAACUACUAUUGGUAUAUGAAUAUAUGGAAAACAAUAGCCUUGCUCGUGCUUUAUUUGGACCUGAAGAACACCAAAUAAGAUUGGAUUGGACAACAAGAUACAAGAUUUGUAUUGGUAUUGCUAGAGGUUUGGCUUACCUCCAUGAAGAAUCAAGAUUGAAGGUUGUCCAUAGAGACAUCAAAACCACUAAUGUGUUGCUUGAUAAAGAUCUCAACCCAAAGAUAUCAGACUUUGGUUUGGCCAAACUUGAUGAGGAAGAAAAUACUCAUAUUAGCACCCGAAUAGCUGGAACAUAUGGAUAUAUGGCUCCAGAAUAUGCCAUGCAUGGUUAUUUGACUGAUAAAGCAGACGUCUAUAGUUUUGGAAUUGUUGUGUUGGAAAUCAUAAAUGGAAGGAGCAACACCAUUCACCGUCCAAAAGAACAAUCAUUCUCCAUUCUUGAAUGGGCAAAUCUGUUGAAAGAGAAAGGUGAUCUAAUGGACCUAGUUGAUAGAAGAUUGGGAACAAACUUCAACAAAGAGGAGGUGUUAGUGUUGAUAAGGGUGGCUCUCUUAUGCACCAAUGUUACUACACAGCUUAGGCCAAGCAUGUCUUCAGUGGUAAGCAUGCUAGAAGGAAGAACUGUUGUUGAGGAAGUGUUUUCAGAGGCAAAUGAUGUGGAAGAGAAGAAGAUGGAGAAAAUGAGGCAAUACUACCAAGAAUUGAGUAUCUCAACGGAUGAGCCAUGGACUUCAUCAUCCACUUCUGCAGCAGAUCUUUAUCCUGUAAAUGUGGAUUCUUCUUACUUGCAGAAGAGAGGUUAGAGACCUUCAACCAAAUUUGUAUAAAUAAUUUUGUUGUAAUAUAAACAUUUUAUUUCUCUCUUGAUUUCCAUUGGGGUUAAGUCUUCCCUCUUGAUUGUAACAUGUUUUCAUUUGUAAGUGUAAGUUCUUUGAUGGCAUUGAAGUGUUUGGAGCCAUUUAUAGAUAGAGUUAUACAAUAAUGCGUUUUCCUUCUCAAAAUCAUAUCAACCCGAUUUCACCAA